AUGGCUGACCGGAGCGCGCCGAGCUGCCACCUGCGGCUGGAGUGGGUCUACGGCUACCGGGGUCAUCAGUGCCGCAACAACCUCUACUACACGGCCGCCAAAGAGAUCGUCUACUUCGUGGCGGGGGUCGGCGUGGUCUACAGCCCCCGGGAGCACCGGCAGAAAUUCUACCUGGGGCACCAGGACGACAUCAUCAGCCUUGCUUUGCACCCCGAACGUGUGUUGGUGGCAACAGGUCAAGUUGGGAAGGAACCAUACAUCUGCGUGUGGGAUUCAUACACUGUGCAAACUGUAUCUGUUCUGAAGGAUGUUCACACACAUGGUAUAGCUUGCUUGGCCUUUGAUUUAGAUGGUCAGCGUUUGGUCUCGGUUGGUUUGGAUUCGAAAAACACAGUUUGUGUAUGGGACUGGAGAAAAGGAAAAUUGUUAUCAAUGGCUCCUGGUCAUACAGACAGAAUAUUUGAUAUUUCUUGGGAUUUAUACCAGCCAAACAAGCUCGUCAGCUGUGGUGUAAAACACAUUAAGUUCUGGAGCUUGUGUGGCAAUUCCUUGACACCAAAACGUGGUGUCUUUGGCAAGACUGGUGAUCUCCAGACUAUCUUGUGCCUGGCCUGUGCAAGGGACGAAGUGACGUAUUCCGGUGCGCUGAACGGAGAUAUUUAUGUAUGGAAAGGAAUCAACCUUGUACGGACAAUACAGGGAGCACAUGCUGCAGGAAUUUUCAGCAUGAAUGCAUGUGAAGAGGGGUUUGCCACCGGUGGCAGGGAUGGCUGUGUUCGCUUGUGGGACUUAAAUUUUAAACCAAUUACUGUGAUUGAUCUCAGGGAAACAGACCAGGGGUAUAAAGGUCUCUCUGUAAGAAGUGUUUGCUGGAGAGGAGACCAUAUACUCGUUGGGACACAAGAUAGUGAAAUUUUUGAAAUUGUGGUGCAUGAGCGUAAUAAGCCUUUCCUGAUAAUGCAGGGGCACUGUGAAGGAGAGCUGUGGGCUUUGGCUGUCCAUCCUACAAAACCCCUGGCCAUGACUGGAAGUGAUGAUCGAUCAGUCAGAAUCUGGAGUUUAAUAGACCAUGCUCUGAUUGCCCGGUGCAACAUGGAGGAGCCCAUUCGCUGUGCUGCAGUUAGUACUGAUGGAAUCCAUCUUGCUCUUGGAAUGAAGGAUGGCUCUUUCACUGUGCUUCGAGUCAGAGAUAUGACUGAGGUUGUUCAUAUCAAAGACAGGAAAGAAGCUAUUCAUGAACUCAAAUAUUCUCCAGAUGGGAAUUUCCUAGCUGUUGGUUCCAAUGACAGCUCUGUGGAUAUAUAUGGCGUUGUUCAGCGAUACAAGAAAGUUGGGGAAUGUAUUGGAUCCUUAAGCUUCAUCACGCAUAUGGAUUGGUCUUCAGACAGUAAAUACUUACAGACCAAUGAUGGCAAUGGAAAGAGACUUUUUUACAGAAUGCCAGGUGGAAAAGAAGUAACAAACAAGGAGGAAUUGAAAGGCAUUCAGUGGGCAUCAUGGACCUGUGUUUCUGGCCUUGAAGUUAAUGGAAUCUGGCCCAAAUAUUCCGAUAUAAAUGAUAUAAAUUCUGUGGAUGCGAAUUUUAUUGGUCAAGUUAUGGUUACAGCUGAUGAUUAUGGAAUAGUAAAGCUCUUUCGAUACCCAUGUCUAAGAAAAGGAGCAAAGUUUAAAAAAUAUCUUGGUCAUUCUGCUCACGUGACAAACGUCAGAUGGUCGCACGAUCACCAGUGGGUUGUCUCCAUCGGGGGCGCCGAUCAUUCUGUCUUUCAGUGGAAGUUUGUCCCUGACCGCAAGUUGAAGGACACUCUUCAUAUAGCACCCCAAGAGAGUCUGGUUGAUUCUAAUAGUGAUGAAUCAGAUUCAGAUCAGUCUGAUGUUCCAGAGCUGGACUCUGAAAUUGAACAAGAGACACAAAUCACCUAUCGUCGACAGGUUUACAAAGAAGAUCUACCUCAACUUAAAGAGCAAUGCAAAGAAAAAAGAAAAAGUGCAGCUUCUAAGAGACGUGAGCGAGCCCCAGGGAACAGUAUAAGACUACAUUUUGUUCAUGGUUACAGAGGUUACGACUGCCGAAGCAAUCUCUUUUACACGCAGACGGGUGAAAUCGUAUACCAUGUGGCAGCAGUGGGAGUGGUGUACAACCGGCAGCAGAACACACAGCGCUUCUAUCUAGGUCAUGAUGAUGACAUCCUUUGCCUUGCUAUUCAUCCCUUAAAGGACUAUGUGGCAACAGGCCAGGUUGGUCGAGAUUCCUCAAUACACAUUUGGGAUACAGAAACAAUAAAGCCACUCUCAGUAUUAAAGGGCUAUCACCAGUAUGGUGUUUGUGCUGUUGAUUUUUCAGCGGAUGGGAAACGAUUGGCUUCUGUUGGAAUAGAUGAUAAUCACACUAUUGUACUCUGGGAUUGGAAGAAAGGAGAAAAGCUUUCAGCAGUGAGGGGAAGCAAAGAUAAGAUUUUUGUUGUUAAGAUUAAUCCUUACAUGCCUGAUAAAUUGAUUACAGUUGGAAUUAAACACAUGAAAUUCUGGCGGAGAGCAGGAGGAGGACUAAUUGGGAGAAAGGGCUGCAUAGGUGCAUUGGGAAGAACUGACACAAUGAUGUGUGCAGUAUAUGGCUGGACAGAAGAGAUGGCGUUCUCUGGAACCUCCACGGGGGAUGUGUGUAUUUGGAGAGAUGUGUUUCUCAUAAAAACUGUCAAAGCACAUGAUGGUCCUGUGUUCAGCAUGCACGCAUUGGAAAAAGGAUUUGUCACUGGAGGAAAGGAUGGAGUAGUAGCUCUCUGGGAUGAUACCUUUGAACGUUGUCUCAAAACCUAUGCCAUCAAAAGGGCUGCUCUGGCUCCUGGAUCCAAAGGUCUCCUCUUAGAAGAUAAUCCUUCUAUACGUGCCAUAUCAUUAGGACAUGGUCAUAUUCUAGUGGGCACAAAGAAUGGUGAAAUAUUGGAGGUGGAUAAAAGUGGACCAAUAACUCUGCUGGUUCAGGGUCACAUGGAGGGGGAAGUUUGGGGUCUAGCUACUCAUCCUCAUUUACCUAUUUGUGCCACUGUAAGUGAUGACAAAACCUUAAGAAUAUGGGAUUUAUCUCCUAGCCAUUGUAUGUUAGCUGUUCGCAAAUUGAAAAAGGGAGGCAGAUGUUGCUGCUUUUCUCCUGAUGGAAAAGCAUUAGCUGUUGGUCUCAACGAUGGAAGUUUUUUGAUAGUUAAUGCAGAUACCCUGGAGGAUUUGGUCUCUUUCCAGCACAGGAAAGAUGUUAUUUCAGAAAUCAGAUUUUCUCCUGGGGCUGGAAAGUACUUAGCUGUGGCAUCCUGUGACAACUUUGUAGAUAUUUACAAUGUAAUGAGCAGUAAAAGAGUGGGAAUCUGCAAGGGAGCCUCCAGCUAUAUCACACACAUGGACUGGGACAUAAGAGGAAAACUUUUGCAAGUCAACACUGGUGCUAAAGAGCAGUUGUUUUUUGAAGCCCCUCGAGGGAAAAAACAGACUAUUCCGAGUUUGGAGGUAGAAAAGAUUGGCUGGGCAUCAUGGACAAGUGUUUUGGGCUCUUGCUGUGAAGGGAUCUGGCCAAUAAUUGGUGAAGUCACAGAUGUAACUGCUUCAUGCCUCACGAGUGAUAGUAAAGUAUUAGCCACAGGAGAUGAUUUUGGAUUUGUGAAACUGUUUCGAUACCCUGCUAAAGGAAAGUUUGGAAAAUUUAAGAGGUAUGUUGCUCACAGCACCCAUGUGACAAAUGUCCGUUGGACCUACGAUGACAGUUUGUUGGUCACUGUUGGAGGAGCAGACACCUCAUUAAUGCUGUGGACUUAUGAGAUGGAAGGACAUCGGGAUAGCAGGCAGUGUGACAGUGAAGAGUCUGAUCUAGAUUCUGAAGAAGAUGGAGGUUAUGACAGUGAUGUGACAAGGGAAAAUGAAAUUAAUUACACCAUCAAAGCCUUAUCAACAAACAUUAGACCAAUGUUUGGAAUUAAGCCUCAUCUGCAACAAAAGGAGCCAACAUUGGAUGAAAGGCAGGGGGUAGUAAGAGGUUCCAGACCACCAGUUAGUAGGGCACUGCCACAGCCGGAGAAACUUCAGACAAAUAAUGUGGGGAAAAAAAAGAGACCCAUAGAGGACCUAAUUUUGGAGCUGGUAUUUGGGUAUCGAGGCAAGGACUGCAGAAACAAUGUGCACUAUUUGAAUGAUGGUGCUGAUGUAAUUUAUCACACUGCAUCUAUUGGGAUCUUGUAUAAUGUGGCAACAGGCUCUCAGUCAUUUUACCAGGAACACAAUGAUGAUAUUUUGUGCCUCACUGUGAAUCAGCACCCCAAGUUUACCAACAUAGUGGCAACUGGCCAAGUAGGUAUGUUUGUAUUUUUUCCCUCUACAGCUCCUUCUAUUCAUGUGUGGGAUGCAAUGAACAAGCAGACACUGUCGGUACUGCGGUGCUACCAUUCCAAGGGCGUUUGCUCAGUCAGUUUCAGUGCCACUGGCAAGCUGCUGCUGUCCGUAGGGCUGGAUCCCGAACACACCAUCACCAUUUGGAAGUGGCAGGAAGGUGCCAAAAUUGCCAGCCGAGCUGGUCAUAACCAGCGUAUAUUUGUAGCAGAAUUCAGGCCAGAUUCAGAUACACAGUUUGUUUCUGUGGGAGUAAAACAUGUAAGGUUCUGGACACUGGCUGGAAGAGCUCUCCUCAGUAAAAAAGGGCUGCUGAGCUCCAUAGAAGAUGCCCGGAUGCAGACGAUGCUUUCUGUAGCUUUUGGAGCGAAUAACUUGACAUUUACAGGUACUAUCAGUGGAGAUGUUUGUGUUUGGAAAGACCAUGUGUUGAUACGAAUUGUGGCCAAGGCUCACAACGGACCUGUUUUCACAAUGUACACCACACUAAGGGAUGGUUUGAUUGUUACAGGAGGCAAAGAAAGGCCCUCAAAGGAAGGAGGAGCAGUUAAGCUAUGGGACCAGGAGCUGAAACGAUGUCGUGCCUUCAGACUAGAGACAGGACAAAUGACAGACUGUGUUCGCUCUGUUUGUAGAGGCAAGGGCAAAAUUCUUGUUGGGACAAGAAAUGCUGAAAUAAUUGAAGUUGGAGAGAAAAAUGCUGCAUGUAACAUUCUAAUUAAUGGUCAUAUGGAUGGGCCCAUCUGGGGCCUAGCAACGCAUCCAUCCAGAGAUUUUUUCCUUUCUGCUGCAGAAGAUGGCACAGUAAGACUCUGGGAUAUUGCUGAAAAGGUAAGUACUUGUGAUGGUUUACUAUUCUGGGUUUUUAUUUCUUCACAGAAGAUGCUGAACAAAGUCAGCUUAGGACAUGCAGCUCGUACUGUUUGUUACAGCCCAGAAGGUGAUAUGGUAGCUAUUGGCAUGAAAAAUGGAGAAUUUAUUAUCCUGCUUGUCACCUCUCUAAAAAUUUGGGGGAAAAAAAGGGACAGAAGAUCAGCAAUUCAAGAUAUCAGGUUUAGCCCAGAUUCUCGUUACCUAGCAGUUGGCUCCAGUGAGAAUGCAGUGGAUUUUUAUGACCUGACUUUGGGUCCCACACUCAAUCGAAUCAGCUAUUGCAAGGAUAUCCCAAGUUUUGUGAUCCAGAUGGACUUCUCUGCUGAUAGCUCUUAUCUCCAGGUCUCUACGGGGUCUUACAAAAGGCAAGUGUAUGAAGUGCCUUCAGGAAAGCAGCUUGUGGACCAGGCUGUGAUUGACAGGAUAACAUGGGCUACUUGGACAAGUGUUCUUGGGGAUGAAGUAAUAGGAAUCUGGUCCAGGCAUGCUGAAAAAGCUGAUGUGAACUGUGCUUGUGUCUCUCACUCGGGAAUCAAUCUCGUAACAGGCGAUGAUUUUGGCAUGGUCAAACUGUUUGACUUUCCAUGUCCUGAAAAAUUUGCAAAACACAAACGAUUUUUAGGUCACUCUGCCCACUUAACUAAUAUUCGAUUCACAAGUGGAGACAGAUACGUGGUCAGUGCUGGAGGGGACGACUGCAGCUUAUUUGUUUGGAAGUGUGUGCAUAUGCCUCAUUGAGAGAGACAUGGAGACUUGCAAAGAGGAAACUGCAUGAAGUACCAGGCAUGAAACACCCAGGAUUGCAAUGUGACAUUCUACUGUGCCCUGCAUAUGUAAGAAAUGACCCAAGACACAGAGCAAUCUGUCUCUGAAAGACAGGACCUGGAGUCUGCCAGAAGGAUGGACACACUGAGGCUGCUAGUUUUGCUUCAGUGUCAGAUAAUCUGGGUUUGUAUUCCACUCACUGCCAGAUGUUGAAAACAAAAUAUGUGGAUGAAAGGAAAAAGUGAAUUGUUAAUCAAUGUACAGUUUCACAGCAAGUUCUUGGGGUUUUAAUCAAGAGAUGCUAUUUCUGACCUAGUGCUGUACAUUGAUCUAUUUUCAGCAUGAAUGUUUUUCCUUUGAGAUUUAAAUAGCAUAGAUAAAAAGAGUAUUCCAUAUUUUAUUACUGAGAGAGACCAUAUAUUAACUCUUAAAUAUAUAGUAUUUUAAUAAAUGUUUAAUUAUUAUAAUAGAAAUUAUAUUUCUAUGGCUGGUCAAAAGGAAACAUCAUAUCUGAUGAAGGAGAAAAUAAUAGAGUUGGUUCCU